UUUGACGUCUUAUUGAUGGUAAACUUUUCUUUUUGUAUUUUACUAGAUUUCCUUGAAUGAUGCAAGGACGAAAACAACUUUGCAUUUCAUCGGAAACUCGUCGAAAACGAAACCACCCAAAUGAUGAUUUACACGAUAAAAAGCGAUAUAAACACGGGAAGAACACGAGUCGUGCGGACGUCGCGUAUCCAUCCAGCUACCAGAACGCUCAUAGAAUUAUCGCAAAUUCGCGAGAACGACAAAGAACUCAAGCCUUAAACGAAUCAUUAAACACGUUAAGAAAAACUAUCCCUACUUUACCAUCAGACAAAGUGUCUAAAAUACAAACCUUGAGAUUAACCACGAUGUAUAUAACUUUCCUACGACAAGUUCUACAGUGCAACGAAGUGAACGAGCACCCCAUCGUAGACGAUUUUCACUUUUUCAACAGACAAUUAAGUUAUGCUUUUAGCGUGUGGAGAAUGGAGGAGGAUUCAUAUCACACGAAUAAAACAGCGUGUUACAUCAUAGAAAAAAAACUCGAUUUUCGCGGAUAUAAUUUAUUUCGCGAUGCAGGCGCAAGCAGAAAGGUAGAUAUCACAGGUGUGAAAGAAUCAUUUCUUGACAUUACAGCAUAAACCAUAUAACCAUUUUUCUAGAGGCCUGUUAAAAACAUUGGUACGAAAAUAAAAACUAUGGCUUUUCAGAGAGAUAGUAAAUCCUUGGCAUUUUACAUUACUUCACAAACCAACUAAAACCCUGCCUGUUACAGGCUUCCUUUUAUAAUCCAUAGAUACAUUCUGGUUAGUGUCUGAUUCUAAGUUAGUGAAGUUCGUUGAAAGCAGAUUUUCUUCUAGCAACACUUCCUGUGACCAAAAAGCAAAAUGUAAAAAAGUGU